AUGAAGGCAAGACAUUUAUGCCAACAAAUUAACAAAUACAUGCUAACUAACUUUUUGGGUUCUAAGAUAUGGCUAGAUAGGUAUGUCUCAAAAUAUUCAACAAAGAUUAGUCCAAUAGAGAUAUCAAAAAUUUUGGAAAAGAAAUUUGAAUCUUUUAAUUUUAAAACAUCAUCAAAUGAAGUCGGUUAUGUGUUAAGUGUUGGUGAUGGUAUUUGUCGAGCGUUUGGAUUAAAUAAUGUGAAAUCAUCAGAAUUAGUUGAGAUAUAUAAUGAAGAUGAUAAAGGGAGUGUUACAUAUGGAAUGGCUACAAAUUUAGAAUAUGAUAAUGUAGGUAUUGUUAUUUUUGGUAAUGAUAGAAAUAUAAAAGAAGGUGAUAUAAUCAAAAGAACUAAUCGUAUUAUAGAUGUAAAUGUUGGAUAUGAAUUAUUAGGUAGAGUAGUUGAUGCAUUAGGUAAUUGUAUAGAUGGUGAAAAAAAUGUAGUUACUAAAGAUAGAAGAAAAAUAGAAAUCAAAGCACCAGGAAUUAUAGCUAGAAAAAGUGUUAAUGAAUCUAUUAUUACAGGUAUUAAAUGUAUAGAUAGUUUAGUUCCUAUAGGUAAAGGACAACGUGAAUUAAUAAUUGGAGAUAGACAAACAGGAAAAACUGCAAUUGCUAUAGAUGCUAUUUUACAUCAAAAAAAUAUAAAUGAUAAUAUUCUUAAUGAUAAUGAUAAAGUUUAUUGUAUAUAUGUUGCUAUCGGUCAAAAAAAAAGUAAUAUUGCAAAAUUAGUCAAUCUAUUAAAAAAAUAUGAUGCUCUAAAAUAUACUAUUAUUGUCAAUUCAAGUGCAUCUGAUGCUUCACCUUUACAAUUUCUUGCACCCUACACAGGAUGUGCUAUGGCUGAGUUUUUUAGAGAUAAUGGAAAACAUGCAUUAAUAAUUUUUGACGAUCUAAGCAAACAAGCUGUUGCUUAUAGACAAUUAUCAUUAUUAUUAAGGAGACCUCCAGGAAGAGAAGCAUAUCCAGGUGAUAUCUUUUAUAUACAUUCCAAAUUAUUAGAAAGAUCCUCAAAAUUAAAUGAUAAUUUAAAAGGAGGUAGCUUAACUGCCUUACCAAUUAUAGAGACAUUAAAUAAUGAUGUCUCAGCAUAUAUACCUACAAAUGUUAUUUCUAUUACAGAUGGACAAAUCUUUUUAGAAAGUGAAUUAUUUUAUAAAGGUAUAAUUCCAGCAAUAAAUGUAGGUCUUAGUGUAUCAAGAAUUGGUAGUAGUGCUCAAUUUAAAUGCAUGAAAAAACUAGCAUCAUCUAUGAAACUAGAAUUAGCUCAAUUCAGAGAAAUAGUUGCAUUCUCACAAUUUGGAUCAGAUUUAGAUGCAUCUACCAAAAAAUUAAUUGAAAAGGGUAAAAUAUUAACAGAAAUAUUAAAGCAGAAACAAUAUUCUCCUGUUCAUAUAAGCUAUCAAAUAUGUUUAAUUUAUGCAGCUACAAAGGAUUAUCUUCAUAAUCUACCUAUAGAGAAAGUACAAGAUUUUGAGAAGAAAUAUUUUCAUUAUUUAGAUUCAAAUUAUAUCGAAGUUUUAAAAAAAAUACAAUCUAAUUGUGAGUUGUCAGAAGUGGAGGACCAAAUAAAGCACAGUAUUCAAAAGUUUUUAGAGAUUUACAAAAAUUCAGAAUGA